GGCAGUCCAGAAGACCCCCCCCCCACUCCAGCGGACUGGGGGGGAGGGGGUGGGGAGGGUCUUAGGCGGGUCUUGGAAGUGAAUGGGAAGAGUCUUGGCCGGGCACAGCAUUGUUUUGCACCAUUCCGACGCCAUAGCCAAGAUCUCGUUCAGGAUUGGAUUUCGGCCUUCACGUCGCUCUAUUCGGUGCGGUGGUGCGGAAGCUAUCUUGGCGCUGCGGACCUCGAGAUCUCGUAAUUGAAGUUGUAGCUGAGUGUCUGAGGUCGUCUGUAGUGGUUGCUGGUGUUCUGGUUUCUGUUGCGGUCUCAGGAAGGGCCGGUUUUGGUACGCCAAGCAGUGGAAGAUGAUUGAUUUAAGCUCAGAAGCAUCGCUUGAAAUGGUAUUUGGCAGGUCUUCCCUAGGGUUGGUGUAAGGAUCUGAUUUGCUGUUGCGCGGCGGAGGUCGGAAGCUGUGGCGGUUUUUUGGCGUUUCAGUAGGGCGGCAGUGCCUGCGGCUGGGAGUUGCAGCGAAGCCUCUAGGGUUCAGGGAUAAUUUUGUGUAUAUAUCUGGGUCCUGGAUCGUUCAAUACUUUUUUCUUCUUCUUCUUCUGAUUGCAGAUUGGUAGGCAGAUUGGAGAUUAAAUACUGCGGAGUUGUAAAACGUCUUGCUUCGGACAGGUUUUGAGGUUCUGCUUGAUUCCUUUUGGUGGAUCUGGGUUCGUAGUUCGCUUAUUCAUGUUUCAUUGUGGCAUACUACAUUGUGAGCAUAUGCCUAGUGAAACCAACCGACAGCUAAGUUAUAUUCCAUUUCUAGCAGCGCGAGGUCGUAAAGUUUCCAUUUCAUCUUAUCGUUCAUUUUUGUAAGGUGCCGCAUCGAUUGCAUUGUAGUUUUUGAAACAAUUCUCGUAUUAUCGGUAUCUCUGUUCGUCGACGGUGAAUAGAAUACACUUCUUGUGACCUAGAAGUUUUUCGACUCAUUCUUUUGAUGGAUUGAACACACUCUAUCACGAUUAAAUUGAUAGCUCCGUUGAGUCCGGUUUGUUCACGAAUCUGAACAGUGAUCAACCUGGGUAAUUUCGUGCGGAGGUUCGUAAAGGUAUUCAUAGAAUGAGAAGGCUCAGACAAGGUUGAGGAUCGAGAAGAGAUCAUCAUCGCGCCAGUGAUACUUUCGUGCAUGGGAGUAUGUCUCUGUUUCGCCGAUUCUUCUACAGGAGACCACCCGAUGGUCUCUUGGAGAUUACAGAACGCGUAUAUGUGUUCGAUUCGUGCUUCUCCACAGACGUAUUUGCGGAUGAAACAUAUAAUAUUUACAUGCGGCAGAUUGCUACCCAGCUGCAUGAGCAGUUCCCAGACUCUUCCUACCUUGUGUUUAACUUUAGGGAAGGGGAGAGAAAGAGUCACUUGACAGAGAUUCUCUCACAGUACGACAUGACAGUAAUGGAUUACCCUCGGCAGUAUGAGGGAUGCCCUGUUUUAUCCAUGGAAAUGAUCCAUCAUUUUCUUCGGUCAAGUGACAGCUGGCUGUCCCUUGAAGGCAGCCAGAACAUUAUUCUCAUGCACUGUGAAAGGGGAGGGUGGCCCUUACUUGCUUUUAUUCUUGCAUCGUUUCUCAUUUAUAGAAAGCUUCACACUGGGGAGAUGAAAACUUUAGAUAUGCUGCACAAAGAGGCGCCCAAGGGAUUAUUACCUUUACUCUCACCCCUCAAUCCUAUGCCCUCGCAGUUAAGAUACUUACAAUAUGUCUCUAGGCGGAAUAAUACUCCAGAAUGGCCACCUCAAGACAGGGCUCUUACAUUAGAUUGCCUCAUGUUUCGGGUAGUCCCAACAUUUGACUCAGAAGGAGGAUGUAGACCUCUCGUUCGUAUUUAUGGUCAGGAUCCGAGGCUGAAAGGGAAUCGCAUGACGAAAAUGCUCUUUUCACAAAAUAAGAAGAGAGUUCGACAAUAUCGCCAGGUUGACUGUGAAGUUGUCAAAGUGGACCUUCAAUGCCCAGUAAGAGGUGAUGUCGUGAUGGAAUGCAUAAACCUGGACUACGAAACAGAUCGAGAGGAAAUGAUGUUUCGAAUCAUGUUUAACACUGCCUUCAUUAGAUCAAACAUACUAAUCCUUACGCGUGACGACAUAGAUAUAAUGUGGAACGCGAAAGAACGAUAUCCAAAGGACUUCAGAGCUGAGGUGUUAUUCAAUGAGACAGAAGCUACUCCUUCGAAAAUGCCUCCUGUGAUAAUGCUGGGUGGGGAGGAAAAAGAGGUGCUACCCAUGGAAGCAUUUGCCAAAGUACAGGAGCUCUUUAGUAGUGGGGAUUGGGUGGAUGGUCAUGGAGAUGCUGCCCUCAGAUUUCUUCAGCAGAUGACACAGAAUGGUUUUCAAGACCUUGAAAAGUUGAUUCCUGGAGACGGAUUUGGUACCCCUGACUCCCGGUCCGCUCCAAAUUCCCCCAGGGGUGGCGGUGGAAGGAAACUGCAAUUUAACUUGACCCCACAACCAAACCGUUCAGGUUCGUUUGAUACAAACUUUCACAAACCUUCUUUGCUCUCCAGAACGCAUUCACCAUCAAUGGGAAGGAUAGAUGCGGUUCCUCCCAAACAAGAUUUUGUUGAACAGACAGCCAACUCAGUGCUUCUGAGUUCAUCUCGUGAUCGCCCUAGCGGUGCUGCACCCGUUGCAGCUCCCCCACCUCCUCCUCCUCCCCCUCCACCUACACCAUUUGGUGGCCGCCCAAGUAGUGGCAUAGCUGCCCCGCCUCCACCCCCACCCCCACCUCCAUUUGGAGGUCGUCCUGCUGGUGGUGCCCCUCCACCUCCACCCCCACCUCCAUUUGGAGGUCGUCCGGCUGGUGGUGCCCCUCCACCUCCACCCCCGCCUCCUUUCGGUGGUCGUUCUCACAGUGCCGCAGUCCCACCUCCUCCUCCUCCACCACCACCUCCAUUUGGUGGUAGACCUAGCAGCGGAGCAGUGCCGCCUCCACCACCACCCCCACCUCCUUUUGGAGGUCGUCCUGCUAGUGGUGCCCCUGCUCCUCCUCCUCCACCUCCACCUCCACCACCGUUUGGUGGACGUUCAAACAGUGGGGCUCCUCCGCCUCCCCCACCCCCUCCCUCCCGUCCUGGAGCACCUCCACCUCCAUCCCCUCCUCCACCACCCCCAGGAGGUGCUAGGCCAGCGGUUCCUCCUCCGCCCCCACCACCUGGGGGCAGAGGUCCGGGUGGUCCACCUCCACCUCCACCACCCCCGGGAGGCGCUAGGCCAGCGGGUGCUCCACCUCCGCCUCCACCACCAGGAGGUAAGGGUCCUGGUGGUCCGCCUCCUCCGCCACCACCAGGCGCAGGCAGAGGCAGAGGAGGUCCACCUGGCCCCCCGGCUCGAGCUCCUGCUCCAGUGGCCGCACCAGUAAUAAAGAAACCGGCACCCCUGAAACCCCUUCACUGGGUCAAGGUUACUCGCGCUUUACAAGGGAGUCUGUGGGCCGAUUAUCAGAAACAACAAGACUCUGCAAGAGCACCGGAUAUUGACAUGUCGGAAUUGGAGUUAUUGUUCUCAUCGGCGCCACCAGCCUCUAGUGCUGCAGCAGAGAAGCUAAAAAAGGCGGCUCCUAAACAAGAAAAAAUUCAUUUGGUUGACAUGAGAAGAGCCAACAAUUGCGAGAUCAUGUUGACGAAGGUCAAAGUUCCUUUGCCGGAAGUGAUAAGUGGAGUUCUUUCUUUGGACCCAUCUGUAUUGGAUACAGAUCAAGUGGAAAAUCUCAUUAAGUUCUGCCCAACGAAGGAGGAGAUGGAUAUGCUGAGAAACUUUGCUGGAGACAAGGAAACCCUCGGAAAAUGUGAACAGUUUUUUCUGGAAAUGAUGAGAGUUCCAAGAAUGGAAGCAAAGUUACGUGUGUUCUCGUUCAAGAUCCUUUUCAAUCAACAGAUUAGUGAGUUGCGGGAAAACCUGUUGGUUGUAAACAAUGCUUCCAGGCAGGUCAGAGAAUCUCUAAAGUUACGACGAGUUAUGCAAACCAUCCUGUCACUUGGCAAUGCCUUAAAUUCAGGAACUGCUAGAGGCUCUGCUAUUGGUUUCAAGUUGGACAGCCUUCUGAAACUUACAGACACUCGGGCUCGGAACAACAGAAUGACUCUUAUGCACUAUUUGUGCAAGGUCAUAGCUGAUAAGUUGCCAGAGCUUCUUGAUUUCGACAAGGAUUUACAAGAUCUGGAAGCAGCAACUAAGAUUCAAUUGAAGUCGUUGGCUGAAGAAAUGCAAGCAGUUAGCAAGGGUCUUGAGAAAGUCGAACAAGAAAUUGCUAUGUCAGAAAAUGACGGUCCUCCAUCUGCGGGUUUCCGGCAGGUAUCGAAGGACUUUCUUGUAACGGCAGAGUCAGAAGUUCGUGCAUUAGCUUCUCUGUACCUUGAAGUGGGCCGGAACGCAGACUCACUUGCUCAAUAUUUUGGAGAGGAUCCAGCAAGAUGUCCAUUUGAACAAGUUAUUUCCAUUCUGUUCAACUUCGUGAAAAUGUUCAAACGUUCAUACGAGGAGAAUACCAAGGCAGCAGAGAUGGAGAAGAAGAAAGCUGAGAAAGAUGCUAAAGACGCUGAAAGAGAGAGAAUCAGAUCUUCUCCGAAGGAGAUGGAUAGGAAGAGAUCGAUGCAAGACAGGAAGGAGGCUGACGCAAGAUUUUCUCCAUUGAGAUCUAGGAUUGGAUAGGGCCUUCAAGUCACUUAUCUCUGGGGAACUUCAACAAACAUCUACCUCCGCGGAGGCUAUUCUCUAUUACUCCCUUCAGCGUGAUCACUUCAAGAGUAUAGUACCGCCCCGAAUCACAUUGUUGUAAUGGCUUCUGGCUGUGUACAAUCGACCUCCUCAAUAUUUUGGGUCCAUAUCUGCCCUUUCAUCGGGUGCUCAGUAUGUUGAAGUUUCUUUCGUACCAUGGAGGAUACGGUUUCUGGAGUGACAUCUUUUCGAAGCUUUUGAGGACUCGAGCAUUUGGAACCUUGUGGUGAUCAACAGAGAGGGGACCCUUGAUGGAUAUCAGUGUCAGUAUGGGGCAAUGAAUGCUCCCAAUAGCCAUGAUGGUAAUGUGCCUUUCAAGGGUGGCACAGGUAGGGUAACUUGUUCAAUAUUGUACCGUGAACACAGAAAGUCCUGUGGAUGGAGGUUAUGGAUAAACGUUUCCUUCGUACAGUGACUUUGAGGACCGAUCAGCUUAUGGAUAUCCCAGGCUGGAGUUGUUGCGUGCCUACAUGAGAUCCCCUUUUUCAAGGUGAUUUGUCCUGUAAAUGGGACUCUUUUCUGUGCUCAAUGUUUUUGGUGUAAACAUCAUUAUACUGCCCACUUAGUAUGUGGUGGUCUGCGGAGGUGCCUACACCAACUUCGGCCAAUCAACUUGCAAGAAAUAUGCUCAUUGAGUGCCUCCCUCUCGUGAAGCCCUCGAAGGUGGGAAAACCCAGAAGUUGUAAGCUGGAGACCGCAAUCAGCAGUUUAAGGAUGAAUAAAUCAGUCUGGCAUAAUAUUCACGAGUGGGAUAAUCAGGCACUUGGGACUUAAAAGUUUUCAACUUAACUAGCUGGCAGGCUGUUUACCAUUUUAAAUUCUGGAGCCCAGACUGAUUUUGUCUUAGCUUUAUUCUUUCCUGUAAAAAACUGGAUUGAUCUCUCCUUGUGAGUGAAGUCCACUUUCCACCACGGGGAAAAUUGGGAGGAUCGCCCGAUGUGAAAGUAUUGUUAUCAAAUAUAAAUUUUAUAUGUCUCGGAUGCACUGCAGUGUAAUUGGCCCUCGGCGUAUGCGGGCCCUACAA